UCCUUAUACUACGUCACUCAGCUUUCCUUCAGCGGUCGGCAGAUUCCACAUUUCUUAAUCAGUAAAAGGGAAAAUAAAAACCCACCCCUGCUGCUUUUAUGUUAUUAGUGGGUUACAAAGUGAGAAGCCGUGCUCCGUCCGGGGAAAAAAUGGCUUCGCUUAUUUUAUGGUGUUUGUGUUGAAAGUGCCGCGUCGGAAAGUGGUGGUGAGGAAACCAGUCUGCGCUUUCAGUGGCUGCAGAUUCCACUCUGCGCGGUGCGGACAUAGGAUUUUACUCAGCGCGUUUGUGAAGAAAACGAGACCGCUUUACGGCGGGAGAGGCAGAAAAGGUCAGAUGUCCCCAGAUGGAGCCCGAGGGCGAAAGUCACAGAGGGGCGGGCUUCCAGUGGAGGAGCUACAAGUUGCUGUUGGAUCCCGCAUUGCACAGUCGCAGAACAACGCAGAAAGUCUAUCGCUAUGAUGGAAUCCACUUCAACAUAUCCGAUGGAGCAUUCCUCCCACUGGGGGACGUGCGGGACCCCCGACAGCAUCGCAUGUGGAGCAAACCACGAGAGAUUUCCCUCCCUGUUCCUAAAUUUAAGUUUGAUGAGUUCUACGUGGGACAGCUUCCCCAGAAAGAAAUCACUUUUGCGCAUCUCAAUGACAACGUGCGGGAGCCUUUCCUGGCCGACAUGUGCCGCAAGUUUGGGGAUGUGGAGGAAGUGGAGAUACUGCUGCACCCCAAAACUAGGAAACACCUGGGGCUGGCCAAGGUCCUCUUCUCCAGCUCCAAAGCGGCCAGGGACACAGUCACUCACCUCCACAAUACGUCUGUGAUGGGCAACAUCAUCCACGCCGAGCUGGACCUCAGAGGUCAGCAAAGACAGAAAUAUUACGAUCUGAUCGUGAAUGGCUCGUACAACCCCCAGACAGUGCCAACGAGUGGGAGAUGGGCACAGGAGAGGCUGCAGCCAGACAUGGUGGACUCCAGGCGCAGGCUUUCCAGCGACUCCUCCUCCUACCUCCCAAAUAACGGAACCCCUUCCUCUCAGGAUCUCGGCUCUUCCUACAGCCAGUAUACCCCCUCCUCCUCCCAAGGCACCCCCUACACUCCGCGAAGUGGCACCCCCUUCUCUCAGGACUCUGCCUAUUCCAGCAGGCAGGGGACUCCCAGUCAUUCCUCUUCUCAGGACACUUCGGGAUAUAAAUCCAGGCGUCAGGAGAACAGUUCUGGGGACUCCUAUUCCCGUCGUUCUGGGCACCACUAUUCCCCAGCCCCGUCUUCCUCUACAUCCUCCUCCUCCUCCCAGCACGAGAGCAGCCAGAAACGCUUUCACAGGCACCAAAACCGGUCCUCCCCGCAGUCAUCUUAUCGCUCUCGCCACCGCAAACCACCCCCACCCCCAGAAGAACCCCCUCUGAUUCGCUUCCCUGGGACGCCACCUCUGCCACCGCCGCCACCUCCUCCCCCACCCCCUGAUGACAUUCACACGGAUCGUGAUUACCGAAUAGCCCACCCUCCUCCUCUUCCUCCUUCCAUCCCUGCACCUUCAACGACUAUUCUGGUGCCUCCACCUCCUCCUACUGAGGGAUGGGAGCCACCGCCUCCUCCUCUACCUCCUCUGCCACCGGUCUGUUCUCCUCCUCCUUCCCCAGCUCGUUCCUGCUCCCCACUCCUUGAUGGUGUGUCGGAGAGUCUGCCAUUCACACAACACAGCAGUAGCCUGGACUCUCGCAUUGAGGCUCUGCUGAAGGAACAGCGCUCAAAGUUCUCCUUCCUGCCCUCAGACACUGAGGAGGAAGAGGAGGCAACAACAGAAGCACCUACUCAAGAGCCAGUAGUAGUGGAAGAGGUUCCUCCUGUUCAUGGUCCGUACACCCCUCCCUUACCCGCAAGCUUUGAGGAUGUAUCGGCAGAGGCUAUCCUGAGAAUGGCAGAGAUUGGCAGGACAGCAAAUGGCCAGGACCGGGGAAUGCUGAUGCAGGAACCUCCCUUCCUAAGAGACCCCAGCAGUUGGUCACGUAACUCCCUCCCUCCGCAGCUGCUGUCGUCUGGAGAAGAUAUGGAGAUUUCCGAUGAAGAGAUUAACAUGGAGAUGCCGGGGGCAGCAGUUCCGCCUUUCCCGCUUCUGCCACAUUUGCCCGGAGCUGCCGGAACUUUUCAGUCCCAGCCCAUUCCGUCCCCUUUGCUCCCCCUGCCGCCCCAUCACCCUCAGCCCCCUUCUCCAUUCCCUCUGCUGCCCAACACUGCUGCCAGGGGAAGGCUGGGAGACCUCGCUGCUGGCUCAUCCACACCUCCUGCACUUGAUCCCUCUUCCUCCUCUUCUGCUUCGUCUGCCCCCCAUAUAUAUGACUUUGUAAACUCCAUGGAGUUAGUUAACCGCCUGGGUAACCAAUGGGGUGGCACCUCUAUGUCCUUUCAGAUGCAGACGCAGAUGCUGAGCCGUCUGCAACAGAAUAGGCAGGGCAAAAAUAUGCCCUUCGAGGACCCUUACCCUCCACCGCUCCUCCCUCACCCCAUUCCCCCACGGCUUCACCAGCCACACCCUCCGCCACCACUUAUGCCGGAGCAAGUGUUCAACCCAACCUUUCCACCUUUCCCUGCCCAACAGCCCCAGCCACUAUUGCCUCCGCGGGAGUUCACUGCCAGAACAGCACGGGGGCCCAGCCAAGAGCCGAGGGGUCCAGGCUGGGCCCCAGGGGGAGGAGUGGACCCACAUGCUUCAACUAUUGAAAGUGUAUUAUCGGCGCUGAUCCAGGAGAUGAAGAACACAAUGCAGAGAGACCUGAAUAGAAAGAUGGUGGAAAAUGUGGCUUUCCGAGCAUUUGAUGAAUGGUGGGAGCGUAAGGAAGAAAAGGCCAAGCCUUUUCAAAACGUGGCCAAGCCACCUCCCCGAGAAGAGGACAAGGAAAAGGCGAGGCCCAAGGAGCCGGGCCUACUCUCAUUGGUGGACUGGGCCAAGAGCGGGGGCGCAGAAGGCUUUGGUUUUGGAAGUGGGCUCAGAGAAGCUCUCAGGCUGCCAUCAUUUAAGGUCAAAAGGAAACAGCCAUCAGAAGAUGAGGACAGUGAGCAAAAGAGGCCCCGUCCCUCCACUCCAGCGGAGGAGGAACAGGAUGAAAGAGAAAAGGAGACAGAGUCUGACUCCAGGCAAGGGGGCAAACUCCCACAGCAGGAAGGCAAGCGAGUGCACAAGCGCCGGCGUCCCUUCCACCUGGACAGUGAAGGAGAGGAGGCGUCGGAGGAGUCUGCGUCAGAUAAGGACGACGAAGAGGAUGAACUCAGUGAGAAGGGAGAGGAUUCCGAAGAAGAGGUUUCUCCUCUCACCAAACUUUCCUCCAAGAUCAUCUCCGAUGACGACAGCGACAGCUCCAGUGAAUCCGACAGCAGCAGUUCAUCUUCCUCUUCCUCAUCUUCGUCCUCAUCGGCUUCCUCCUCGGCGUCCACCCCAGCCUCUUCUGAUGAUGAGGAGGAACAAGAAGAGACCCCAGAUUUGCUGUCUGUUUCUGAACCUCCCAGGCCCCCUAGCCCUGCCUCUCCUCUUCCAGAACUGGAAGCUGCAGCUGAUAAGAAAGAGCCGUUGGAUAUACCCCCAGCUACAGAGGUUAAAGAGGAACAGUCCACAGAAAUUCCAGAGCCGCCACUUCCUCCUCCCCCUGAGCCUCCGUCCAAACCCCACGCACCUCCAUCGCCUCCACUUCAGCUCCUCCCUCCCCCCAAGAAAAGACGUAAAACAGUGUCAUUCCAGCUCCUUCCAGAAGAAGAGGCCGAGGCAGCAGAUAGCAAACCCCCCAAUCACCACGUUCCAGAAAAUGCUGCUCCUGAACGUCCGAUUAGCCCCCUGCUGGAGCCCAUGCACCUGUUGCCUACUCCCACCGACAAGGCUCCUCUUCCUUCUCCUGAGGCUCCUACUGCACCAACUGCAGAGCUUCACAGCAGCCCUAAACCUGAGCCGGAGGAGCCUCCACUUCCAGCCAAGGAAGCCUCUCCUCGGAAACAGCCCCCAGAGAGGCUCACAGUACUGAACCUUCCUUGGGACCACGCGUCGUUGGUAAAACCCUACCCACCUCGAGUACGCAGCGAAGACAACAUGGAGGAAGAAGCAGAAGAAGACUUUGAAAAGCAUCUUGAAGAGGAAGAGGUCAAACCACCGCCUCCGAUUGAAGCACCAACGCAGCCGGAACCAAAGUCUCCUCUUAUAUCAGAACCCAGCGAGGUAGAACGGACAGAAUUCAUAGAAGAUCUAUUGUUUGCCCCUGUGCGGCAGAUACUCUUGGAGCAUAGCUAUGCGUCUAUACCCGCUGCACUGAAACAGCCUCCCAGGAAGCAGCGCCUUUCCGUGGAGUUGGAGAAACCCAAUGAACUUGUCCACGUAGAUCUUGGCCAAGCGGUGCUGGAGGCCCCGGAGGAAGUUGUAUGUAUAGGGGGCGGUCUGGCGGUAGAUGGGGAGACAGGGCUGCUCGACGUGGGGGAUCUGGAUAUCUCAUCCCCCAGGAAAAUGGAAGAGGCUCUGGCAAAGCUGGUUCACGACGAGCCAAAGAUCAAAAGCAAACGGACGCUGGCUAAAGAGGCGGAGCCAGGGGAGGUAACCUCUGAGGAGGAGGACGAGGAAGAAAUGUGGGUAACCACUCGGCAGUUGAGGUCCCACAGGAACCGGAAGGCGGCCCAGCGCCAGUUACCCCCUCUGUACGAGAUUCGCAGCGAGUUUGAGCAGAUGACUAUACUGUACGAUAUCUGGAAUACGGGACUGGACUUUGAAGACAUGGUCUUCCUCCGCGACACGUACGAGAGGCUCCUGCAGGAGGACCACAGCACGGACUGGCUAAAUGACACCCACUGGGUGCAUCACCCAAUCACCAACAUUGCUGACCCCAAGCGGCGGAAGAACCGGCAGGACGGGCUGCGGGAGCACCAGACAGGCUGUGCCAGGAGUGAGGGCUAUUACGCCAUUAGCAAGAAGGACAAGGACAAGUACCUGAAAGUACUUCUCGUGGCAGCUGAGGAACAGGAGGCAGAUACCCAAGGCACUAACCGGGUGCUGUCAGAGCGGCGUUCGGAGCAAAGGCGACUGCUCAGCGCUAUGGGCUCCACUGCUUUGCUGGACAGUGAUCUACUUAAACUCAACCAGCUGAAGUUCCGCAAGAAGAAGCUGAGGUUCGGCCGCAGUCACAUUCACGAGUGGGGUCUCUUUGCCAUGGAACCCAUCGCUGCAGAUGAAAUGGUGAUAGAAUACGUGGGGCAGAACAUUCGGCAGAUGGUGGCGGACAUGAGGGAGAAGAGAUACUCCCAGCAGGGGAUCGGCAGCAGCUAUCUCUUCCGUAUGGAUCAGGACACCAUCAUCGACGCCACCAAAUGUGGGAACCUGGCCCGAUUCAUCAACCACUGCUGCUCGCCCAACUGUUACGCCAAAGUCAUCACCAUCGAGUCCCAAAAGAAAAUCGUUAUCUACUCCAAGCAGCCAAUCGGCAUCAACGAGGAGAUCACGUACGACUACAAGUUCCCCCUGGAGGACAACAAGAUCCCCUGUUUGUGUGGGACAGAGAACUGCCGGGGGACGUUGAAUUAACCCUUCCCUUCCCCCCCAUCCUUUCUGAAUGUGCCUGACUCCGGGGGCCACGGCGCGCCCCUGUGGCACUGUGUGUGGAAGCCAAAAUGGCCGCGAAGAGCCACCGCUCAGCCGAGGCCCAACCCAGCCUGAAAUUGUAACGUUUUCAGAGGAGAAUGGGGCAUUGCCAGUACCCACGGGGGGGGCAUUGCCGGUACCCACAGGGGGGCGCUAGCAGCUAGGGGACUUGUUUCUUUCAUCCGUUUUUAAUCUUUCAUUUCGUUUUCUCUGGCCGAUUCAUGGCACUUUAAAGAAGCUCCCUGGUUGGUUCUGACCCACAGUUAGAACCCCCCCCCCCUUUUUUUUUUUUUUUUUUUAAAUUCUGGCCCCGCCCCCUGUCCCACCAACAGUUUUAUUUGGGCUACUUUUAUAUCUUUUAGCUUCUCCUUUUAUCCCUCCCCGGGGGGUGUGUUUAUUUAUACAAGAGAGGUGUGGCCUUCCUGCAGUGCCGCGCUUGGCAACUCCUACUGUGGCCCCGCUGGUGUAGACUAAGGAUUUGGCGCACACACAUCUACUGUCCUCCUCAUUACCCUUGUGUCUGGGACAGCCAGAUUCCGAGCUGUGGGUGUGGCUCCCGAGCUGUGGGUGUGGCUCCCGAGCUGUGGGUGUGGCUCCUGAGCUGUGGGUGUGGCCAUAUAGGGCAGCAGCCGCGCCCGGGCCCCUUCCCUCCGGCCUGUAUAUACCACUAUCCGGCCAUAUGUACACACACACACUUACACAUAUAUAUGUAUAUAUAAAGCCGCUCAUGGAUUCCAGGAUACACAGGGUUACCCCAAACUCACUCCAGAAAUAGGGGGGAAGGUGUACAGCUUUGGGGGGGACCCUUCUUUAUGGCACAUAGACACUGCAGUAACACUGACAGCCGCGGCCAUUCAUAGUGGGGCCGAGUACCUUCUAUCUGUUGCUCAACCACAUCCUCCUAUUGUCUUGGGAUGUUUGUACCUUCCCACAAUGCAACAGGGGCAGUACAGAGAUACUCGGCGGCGCUGUGGGCGGCGGCACAUUCUCAGACGCGUAUCCCCCUAGUCCGGUCUUUUAACCUGUAUUUAUUUUAUUCUCUCGUUUGGGAUGGUUUUUUUUUUUGUUUUCAUUUAAAAGUGUAGCCCAGUUUCAACUGCACUUAAACCCCGCCCUGAAUCUCCUGUCCAAUGGGAAGUAGAGGUUAAGCCUUAAGGAAUCAAGGGGAAGUAUACUCGGCGUUGAUAUAGACUUUGUUUAGUAGAGGCCUGUGCCCUGCAGCCAUUGGCUCUUCAGCUGCUGCAGGACUACAUUUCCCAUCAUGCUCUAGAGCCAGCGGUUGCUUGGUACAGUCAGACAUUCCUUCUGUGUGUAUUUGCAUUUAUGCGCAGAAGGCGGGGCUGACCUAUUGCCCUUUAGACCUGGGCGCCACUUGCAUGCCCCCUGCCCUCCUAUGCGCUCUAUUAGCCACGGGGCCACCACAGCUGCCCACAGUCAGUGCUCAUAUAUCUAUUAGGCUCAAACAUGGCUGCCAUGGUCGGAAUGUUCCCUGCACACUGAGCUAUGGGGGGGCUAAGUCUAUAAGUGGGGUGUAAAGGGGUGUGGCUAGUGGGCGGGCAAUCUGUAUGACGGGGUGUCUAUGUCGCUAACGUUCCCCCAGGGGUAAAACUGCGCCGGGCAAUGAGCCCGUAACCCAUUAAGGCCCAUGUCCCUUGUGCCGCCAUCUCCUUCUCUUUGCUUUGAGGCCUCUGAACAAUAUUUAAGUUAUUUCUGGGUGGGCAGUUGGGCGCCCGGCAGUUACGGGAUUGGGUGGGGGGGGGUGCAGGUCAGGCCUGGACAUUAAAGUUGUACAUUCUGUAUAUUAACUGCUUUGUUUCUUGUAGAAACAUGAGUUUAUUACGUAUAUA